UAUAUAUUCACCGUUUCCUAAGAAGACUCCUAUUACCACCACAACACAACUCAACUCACUUUUUUCACACCGCACUUUACAUUUCUCCGCCGCAGCCACCGUAACAGUUUCCCCAAACCACCACACUCCUCAUGUCGUCCCAAACCGGUAAGCCAUUCGACUGGAGCUUCGAUCCAGAAACCGAAGAUCCAACUCUCCACAUGAAAGGCCGCAAAUUCUUCUUCUUCAUCGCAAUCUUCUCCAUCAUCAUCCUCUUCACCACCAUCUUCCUCUGCGCCCGAUGGAUCUUCCGCAACCGCGCUCUUCUAUCGCCAAACGCCACUCCGUUGCAGACAUUACCAUGCUCUUCACCGUCAGAAGGACUCGACGCCGCCGCGAUCAAGAAGCUUCCUAUCAUAUUACAUCAAACGGAUUCUUCCAACCGCGCGUUGGAAGAAACCGAGUGUUGUAUCUGUUUAAGCGCGUUUAGAGAUGGUGAGAAGCUGAAAGUGUUGCCGGUAUGUAAUCAUUGUUUUCACUGUGAGUGUGUUGACUCGUGGCUCGUGAAUCGUUCGAGUUGUCCUUUGUGUAGAGCUUCGCUUAAAACUGAUUCAUCUUUUCCAAAGAUUUUGAUUCAAGAACCACCGAUAAUUUAUAAUUAUCCAAUCUGAUUUUAAUUUUUGUUUCAACUUUUUUAGUUUUAAUAGUUUUAGUAUUAAUAGUGCUAGUAAUUUACUUGUUUUUGGAUAAUAAUUUGUUCCGAGCAAUGUAAAUUGUAGUCAAAGGCAAUUUUAAAGAUAUUGGUACUGAAUGUUUUGGAUUGGAA